AUGUAUGUGGUGCGCAUCUUGCUAGCAUCCUUAACAACUACAGUUCGAGCUCACAUGUCAUUAUGGUAUCCGCCCCCUCUCGGAGGCAGUAUGGAAGCCAACUCUUUGACAACGCAAGUGGACAAAGAAUUCAAUUUUCCGAUUGGAUGCUGCGAUUCUCAGGGUGAAACAACAUUACCCUCUCCUGGCGAUUGUCGUGGUCAUCUUGACCUUCUAGAUACAGAGGAAGGCAGACCGCAAGUCACAUGGGAACCUGGCCAGGACGCCUACUUUGAGUUAUCCGACCACAUGUAUAGUAUCGGUGUUCCAGGAUCAACUCACUAUGGUGGAAGCUGCCAGGUUGGAUUCUCCGUGGACAGAGGUCAGACAUGGAAAGUCGCAGCUUCAUAUCAUGGGAACUGCCCUCACAGAGAUAAGGACAUGCCACAAGUCUUUAAAUUUAAGGUCCCUUUAAACAUACCAACAGGUAUUGCAGUCUUUGCUUGGAUCUGGUUGAACCGUGAGCACGAGUUUUUCAUGAACUGUGCAGCGGUUCAAAUUUGCUCGAGCGCUAGGAGUACCACCACGCGCACUCAUACAAGCUUUGAAACUGUUCCUACAACACAUUAUACUGCAAUACUAGAUCCUACUAGCGAAUCACAAAGAGCAGGUAAACAAGACAGAUCUGACGGCUACGAUAAAUACUCGACAAGCCGCAGCAGUUCGUACGGUGCAAAGCUGGCUAGACGUAAGUGGAGAUAUAUUAAACAUCGUCAUAGUGGGAAGCAUUCCUGGCACAACUACCAUAUUCACAAAUCCAAUAUCUUAGCAUCGCCUGAAGAGCUCCGUCGCAGGUCAGAAAACCCAGCUUUCGAUGUUUGCGAUUGGAACACCGCACCCAGGAUGGAAACAAGCUACUAUUCUGUAGAUGCGAGAUGUGCACCUAACGCUAAGCUGAAGAACCUAAAGAGUGAUGACUUUGAAAUUGGCUGGGUCGAUGUCUGCGGCGUCGUUGAAGGAGACCAAGAGUACACUAUUCAGAAUAUUGAGUGUUAG